AUGAGCUAUACGACAAAAGUGAGCCUCGUUCCGCCUCAACCUCAGCAGGAAUGUAAGAGCUUUGAGAACCUUACAGAUCAGCUCCCUGCAGACCUUAACAUUAAACUACGUGUUAACUGCAGAGAACUAAGCCUUCUAAACAAUCAUAGGCAGAUAUGGAGCUAUCUGGUAUUGAUUGCGUUAGUGGGAGCUAAGCGACCGUUGACCAUAGGCUUGUCGAGGCUCUCCGUCUUGGCAGCGAGAAGAGUUUUCUUACAGGUCGGCUCGUCACACUUUAGAUCCACAAAGGAUAGAGGGAAAUCACGACGCGCUAGGCUUAAGACCUUUAAUAUCUCCGCCUUUAAGUGGAUGGCGGACCUUCGAAUUAAUGACUACUGGUUUGCGACGAUGAAGACCGUUCUGGCCACGCUCGAGGCCCUGCCCCUCGACGAGACCGGAACGGCCGCAGCCAGGACGUCGACCACACAGGAUGUGGUCGAGGCUAUCUUCUUCACCGGCAAUGGUGACCGCCGCGUGGCCGGCCUCCUGGACAUCUUGUAUGCUAUGUAA